AUGCGUUGGAUGGUUCGGCAAGCCUGGCGCGGCAUUUCCGCUGCCAAGCCUCGCGUUACUCCCAGAGUCACGCUGAUGACCCGCAUGGCCCAACGGUCCCAGUGGCAACGCGCUCAGCCAUCACAACUUUGCGGCGCCCAUCGUUCGAAUCAUUUCACGGUUCUGAAAUCUGGAAUGUAUGGUACCAUCUAUCUGUCCAUUGCCCUACUUGUGACAGAUGAGACACUGGACUGGGCGACGCGACAAAAUCUGGGCAUCCAAGCCGUCCACGGAAUCACCCACGCCGAGACUCACCAGGAGCAACUGGCCAAUUUCUGGAUCCUGGGAGAAGCCUUGAUGAAGGCACACUCUGGAACACUUCCGGAGUACCAUGAGCCCAUCCGUCCCGAUGAGGAGUCGGGUCUUGCCGACGAUCUCGAGAUACGCCUCUUGACAGUACCGGACCCCGAGAUGCCAGGAGAGAACCUGUUCCUCUGCCAGGCCGCUUUCGUCGACGAAGAGGUGCCCGAUUUCUAUGUCGCCACACAUUCCGGCCGCAUGUCAGAUGCCGCCCACUCUUUGUUUCCGGGAAUUGAGAAAUUCGCCAAGGGCCAUAAUGCUUCAAGAGGCGCUCUAUUGAUCAUUCACCCAGACGGCAAUUGGUAUUGCAUUUACUACGAUGGACGCCGAUGGUUGAAUAUGAUUUUCAUGGAGUGGCAGACUGCGGCUUCGCUUGGGCUGGAAUAA